GAAAGACUGUGUCCUGUGAACCCAAAGACACCAAUUUGACUGAUCUUCGGGAAACCUGAGGGACGUGUUUGACGAUGACAUCACUGAAGAUGUGCUGCCUCCUCCUGCCCCUCGCUGCUCUCCUCCUCCUCCUAACCAUUGUUCCCACGGUAACUGAAGUGGUCCCAUCGAUGUCGGACUGUAAAGGGUUUGUCCUCGACGAAUCUCUACCAAAUGUCCUGGGAAUCUUGGAGGGAGGGAGGAUCCUGGACCAGAACAGAUACAAACCCAUUUGCCAGACUUUUGAUAACAGCAGAAGUUUUGUGACGCUCUACGACACCACGAACAGGAUCCCAGUGUUUUCUGCUUACAAGUACACAGGGUCAGAGAGUGGCAGACCCGAUGAAGAUUGGAAAAUAGAACCAGAGCUUGAGGACAUUACUGACAUCAAGAACAUGUGGCCUGCUAUCUCCAAAAAUCAAGCUGGGAAUGAUGAUUACAGCGACCAAAGGUUCGACAGAGGGCAUCUAUUUCCAAGUUCUUAUGCGUUGACUGAAAAUGAUAAGCAAUCUACUUUUACCCUUACCAACAUUGUUCCACAGCAUUCCACAUUCAACCAGGGAAGCUGGGCACGAAUGGAGAUCUGCAUCAAAUGUGUUCUGGAGAAGUACUGCAUCAACAGCAAUGGUGUUAAAGAAGGCUUUUUGGUAACUGGAGCACAGCCUGGCCAAAACAACAUGAACAGCAGGGUUAAAAUACCUUCCAUGCUCUGGUCAGCAUUCUGCUGCUACAGUCGGAGUGAGAAGGGAUGGCUAGCAAGUGCGCACUGGGGCGACAACAUCCCCGAACCUGGAGUUAAACAUCUGCAGACUAAGACCUUGGCAGAUCUCCAGAAUGUCCUGGGAAUACAAGUGUUUCCUGGAACACAAUGUCCUCUCCACACAACUGUCACUCACUUAUACCCAAACCUUAACAAAGACUGUAGGCUUAAAUGCCCAAAAACCAUUUCAACCACCUCUGCCUCUCCAAGUUCAACAUCUGCCCCUCUUCCUUCCACAUCUGUCCCUCUUUCUACCACAUCUGCCCCUCUUUCUACAACAUCUGCCCUCUUUCUACCACAUCUGCCCCUCUUUCUACCACAUCUGCCCCUCUUUCUACCACAUCUGCCCCUCGUUCUACCACAUCUGCCCCUCUUUCUACCACAUCUGCCCCUCUUUCUACCACAUCUGCCCCUUUUUCUACCACCACAACAACCACCACAACCACAAAGAAGAAACUGGUUUAGCUAUAGGAACUGGUUUAGCUACAGGAAAUGUUUCUGCUGCAGGAACUGGUUCAGCUGCAGGGUUCUGUUGGAGAAAGUGGUUCAGCGAUAUUGCAAAAAUUUUACCUCCAAUCAUUAACAUAGUUACUCAAACUUCUACUCCUCAUCCAAACAUUAAGCAUCCUGUUUUCACUACCGUUCCUAAUACCACCGCAACUCCGACAUCUGUUAAACCUCCUGCAGUUCCACCUAGAUUUAUUUCUUCUGUUACAGCAAUUACUGUUUCCAUGUACUGUUUCUGUUGCAAAUCCGGCCCCACGCAGAUUUUCAGAUUUUGGCGCUUUUUACAGCACGUUUGCCAGUUUUCAGACGUUUUUGUCGCCUUUUUCUUUGAUGGCUAAGUUAUAUUUUUUGGGGCUUUAUGUUGACCAAGCUGUAAGUGGGAAGACUAUAUGAGACAUGCAAUAAUACAGUAAAAGAUGUUUGACCUUGUUCGAUUAAAUAAAGCAUGUCAAUAAAAUGU